AUGCCGCCCCGCACAGCAGACGAAGAAUACGUCGACGACGGAGCCGACAUCUACGAUGCGGAAGACUUUAUCGACGAUGACGACUCUGGAGACGAGUACCGAUCCGCACCUUCCCUCCCAAAACUCGGCGCACUUCGCAGUGCAGUCACAUCCCGCUCAUCGGGCGCUGCUAACGGCAAAGCGGGUCCCUCAACCUCGACCUCGGCCGCCGCCAAAGCCAAAGCCGCAGCCGCUUCCAAGUCGAAAUUAAAAGACCAGGGAUACUCAUGGGAAGAGACCUACAAGCGAUCAUGGGAUGCUGUUGCGGAAGAUGACUCUGGAUCGCUCGAAUCUGCAGUGCGUCAGAUGAUUGAGGGGUCCAAACGUAGGAGGACUUUGAAAGAUGUUGCACCGGUCCAGCGUGGAAUCAUUCGUCAUUUGGUGCUGUUGAUUGAUUUGUCAGCGAGUAUGUUGGAGAAGGAUAUGCGACCGAAUCGCUUCGACGUGACUUUGCAGUACGCAAAGGAAUUCGUAAUGGAGUACUUCGAUCAGAACCCAAUCGGUCAGCUUUCGGUGAUUGGGACGAGGGAAGGCAUUGCAGAACGACUGGCGAUGAUGGGCGGUAACACAGUCGACCACACAGCCUCACUGUCAAACAAGCGAAGAUUGGAGCCGAGAGGAGAGCCAAGUCUGCAGAAUGCACUGGAGAUGGCGAGGAGCAGUUUAGUCCAUCUACCAGCGUCGAACUCGAGAGAGAUCCUCGCCAUCUUUGGAAGCUUAACAACAUGCGAUCCAGGCAACAUCCACGAUACGAUCAACACGCUGGUGAAAGACAACAUUCGAGUAUCGAUCGUACAUCUCGCUGCCGAAGUCAAGGUGUUUAAGGACGUGUGUACGCGGACGGGUGGAACAUUCAGCGUGGCGCUCAACGAAGGACAUUUCCACGAUUCACUUUUCGAACAUGUACCCCCACCUGCAGUCGAGGGUCCGCGUCGACCAAAACGCCGUAUAAUAGCCGCCAGCGGGAAUGGAGCAGCCACAACGGAGGAAGAAGAAGAAGUUGCCAACGGCGUCGACCUACUUCAAAUGGCUUUCCCCCUCAGACUGCCCGCACACGCAGCACCGACCCUGUGUGCAUGCCAUUCUCGAUCUCGUGGUUCAGGCUACCUCUGCCCUCGAUGUGGAGUCAAAGUCUGCGAUGUACCCACAGACUGCCCCGUCUGCGGGAUCACCAUCGUUAUGUCCACCCAUCUCGCACGCUCGUAUCACCACCUUUUCCCAGUUCCGAACUGGAAAGUUGUUCCCUGGUCGGCCCUUCUUUCAGCCGCAAAGGUAGAACCUGCUUGCCUCUCAUGCAAUCUCCUCUUCCCUACUCAGGAACAAGGCGCGGCAAGGUCAGCAGCAGCGAACAAAGCAUUGGAAGAAGCAGGGUUGAGCGAGUCCUCAAGGUAUCGAUGCGGGAGAUGUAGUCAUGAUUUUUGUCUGGAGUGCGAUGCGUUCGUACAUGAGCAGUUGCAUGUUUGUCCCGGGUGCUGUCAGUAA